AUGAGACCACGAAUAAAUUUUACAAAAAAAAAUGAAACAGUUAAAAGGAAAAAUCGCGUACAUUGGUCAAAUCAUAAAUAUGAAAUAUCAACCAAGAGAAUGCGGAAUAAAGUCAAUGUGAAGAGAUUGCAAGAACAAAAGUGUAGUCACGGUGCAUUAACAGAUCUGAAAAUAGAUGACGUAUUUGCUUAUUUGUCAAUUAAUGAAAACACAAAUGAUGAACAUGCUGAUGAUUUUGAUAAUACAGAUUUGGAUAUUGAUUUUGAUAACGAGUAUUUUGCCGAUGCUGGCAACAAGGACGUAACCGAUGAUGAUGAAAAUGAAAACGAAGAAGAUUCUGAGGAAGACGAAGAUAUUGAAGGAGACUUAAGUGAAAAACAGGUAAAAUUCGGUAAGGAAUUUUUUAAUAUGGAAAGUUCAUCAAUACCAAUUCGUGAUUAUGAUGACCUAUGCAAUAAUGAAUCAAAUAAUCCGAAUAAAUGUACUGAUUCAUAUUGCUCAUAUAGUACAAACACAUUAGUAGCACCUCACACAUUUAUGAUAAUGAAUAUUCAACAACAAAUUCAACAAGUUUUAAGAUCAAUCAACCAAAAUGAUCUUCAUCUACCAGAGACAAGGUGCAGAGCUUCUGAAGAAUCAAUGAAUGAUAUUCAGGAUGGGAAUGUAUACAGAAAUAUUCUAUAUUCAUUGAAGAAUGAGCGUCAACCGAAUUUUAUAUCAUUAACAUGCAAUAUUGAUGGCGUAGCAGUUUAUACAAGUAGUGAACAAAGUAUGUGGACUUUCACAGCUUGUAUAAACGAACUUCAACGAACGAUUCGUUUUUCUAUGGAAAAUAUUAUUGUACUAGCUAUUAGUGUAGGUCGGAAAAAGCCAUCACGAGUUAUCAUGCAAAAAAUGCUUUCUCCGAUAGUCUUACGCCUUAAAGAAUUACAAAAACCGAAUUUAUAUCAAGUCUCCGUCAACUCAUGUGAAAUGUUACGUGUUUAUCUUAUUGGAAUAAGUAAUGACAAACCUGCCAAUAGUCUUGUACAAAAUCAACCGGAGCCAAAUGCACUUUAUGGCUGUUCUAAAUGUGAAAUUGCUGGAUAUACAACAGCAGCUAAAAUCCAUGCAACACCAACAACGUCAAAGAGAAUAACAACCACAUAUGUUCGGAUUUUUCCAACGCCAGCAAACGACAGACCGAAAAUGCGAUCAAAUGCUCGAUGGCAUGAAAUCAGCCAUGCUCUUCAAAAUGGUCAUCAGUUUAUAUGUUGUGACAAGAAAAUACAUUCGUAUGGUUAUCUGGGCGAAUGUGAAUUUACUAAUUUAGCCUUUGUUGAUCGUGGUAUAUCGUUUAUGUGCGAUACAUUGCAUACAAUAUAUCAUGGUGCCUUCAAGAGAUUGUUGAAAUUAUGGAUAGAAUCAUCAAAAAAGCAACCAUGGUCAAUAUCGAGUUUUCUUCCAUUGAUAAUUAUUGAUCUUGCAAAUAUACGUUAUCCUAGCACAACAACAAGAGCACCACGAAAUUUAAGCAAGUGCUUCAAGUUAAAAGCUAAUGAAUCUCGAGUUUUACUAUUAAUCGGAUAUCCGAUUUUCAAAAAGUAUUUGCCCGAAGUGUAUUAUAAUCAUUUAAAAAUGCUAGCAUUUGGUAUUACUAUUGGAGAGUCGAGAAAUAUCUCGUCAAAAAAUUUAAAUGAUAUGGAAUUAUUAUUAUCUAGCUUUGUUGAUAAUUUUCCUUAUCACGAACGAUAUAUUGUGCAAAAUAUUCAUUCAGUAAAACAUUUUGCAAAAACAGUGAACGACUUUGGUCCUUUGUUCAAUUACAGCACAUUCAAUUAUGAAAGUGUUAUCGGUAUGGUUCCAUCCAAGUUCUAUUUUUCAUGA